GACAGGCGGAAGCUCAGAGGCUGAUUCAGACACAGACGAUGACGGGCUACAAAAUCACAGCGGGAGACGUGGAAGCAGGGCCUCAGGGCAGGAUGGAGGUUCUGGUGGAGAAGAAGCCGUCCACAGGGUGGAUGUGGAAGGUGUUUGGGGUGCUGCUCCUACUGGCCCUCAGCAUUGGAGGAGCCCGGCUCUAUGUGUGGUACCAGCUGGAGCGAUCAGGACCAACAACCGGCUCAGAACACACAGCAGCUCCAGUCAUCAUGGACUCUGAUGUCACCACAGGGACCCAUUCCAAGCUGAGGGAAAUCAGCAGGAGGGCGACGGCCGCCAUCCAUUUAGUCGGUAAAUACGACGAGGAUGACAGGAAGCCCUCUAUCGAGUGGAGGGACGCUGUGGGCCAGGCCUUCUCUUUGGGGGGCCUUCAUCUGCAAGACAACCAGAUCAUCAUCCCAGAGAGAGGACUGUACUUCGUCUACAGCCAGGUGUCCUUCAGGGUGUCCUACAGUGAGGACAAGCAGGGCCUGUCGUCCCUACAGCCCCUCAGCCACCGGAUCUGGAGUUCCUCCACCUCCGUGGGGAAGCCGGUGUCCCUGAUGAACGCCGUCAGGUCGGCGUGUCAGAACCUGCAGGAGGAGGACGGGCUAUCGGGCCGCGGCUGCUACAGCACCAUCUACCUGGGGGCCGUCUUCCACCUGAACCGAGGAGACCGGCUUUGGACGGAGACCAACCAGCUCACUGAGCUGGAGACCGAGGAGGGGAAGACCUUCUUUGGUGUCUUUGCACUUUGAGUCACUGCUGUGAUCACCAGGGAGCGUACCUGAGCACGCUUUCACACCUUGAUUCAGACGUAGAAAUGCUAACAUCUCCAUGGAGAUGGACCCAGACUUUAUUAACUGUACCAGUUGAAACUUUAUUUCUGUUUUAGGCACUUUUUGUUUGUAUUUAUGCCGACAUGAGGCUGUAGGAGCAGAAAGCUCCUUCCUUAUUUUAAACAUUUAUUUAUUCAUAUUUAUUGGUAUUUAAAUCUGUUUAUUAUCAUGUUUUGUAUAAAUAAAAAAGCCUGAAAAGCAACAAAAA